CCACUGAAAGUGCACUGGCAGAACAGGCGAAAGAGUGUUCCUUUAAGUGCAGUGGUGAUUAGCAAGCAGGGAGAGAAAACAAUUUGAAGCUACAAUAGGUAUUUAGAUAAGUGCUUAUUAUUAAACUUUGUGGGAUGGUCUUUAGUUCAAUCUAGAUUUGAAGUUUUCGUGACUGCAGAGAUCCAUGAUCUUUGGUGCUUUCGGUAAAGUCACGUCAUUGCUUGUGUUGCAAUCGAAACGUCGUGAUUUAAUUUGUUAUUCUAUACCUACGUUACUUUACCGAAAGAACCAAAGCGAAUGGUCUCUAGUUGUUUCAGUGGUUAUCCUUGAUGUGAAAUUUGCCUUUAGACGGGAAAUUAAUGCGUGGAACAUCAAGAGCACUAAUUCUCGCAUCAGUCCAAGGCAAGCCUUGAUCGUCUGUCUGGAUUGACGACAGCAAGUCCCGCGACAGCGGCAUCGGUGAGAUGGAGGAGCUGUCGGUGCCGCACAACAUCCAGAUCAGCAACAUCACGUGCGACUCUUUCCGCAUCCGCUGGGACAUGGAGCCACGGGACCGGGAACGUGUCACCCACUACUUCAUCGACCUCAAUAAGAAGGAGAACAAGAACUCCAACAAGUUCAAGCACAAGGACGUGCCCACCAAGCUGGUGGCCAAGGCAGUGCUGCUACCCAUGACGGUACGGGGCCACUGGUUCCUCAGCCCGCGCACCGAGUACACAGUAGCUGUGCAGACGGCCUGCAAGCAGCACGACGGGGACUACCUGGUGUCCGAGUGGAGCUCCAUCGUCGAGUUCUGCACCGCAGACUACUCCAAGGCGCACAUGGCACAGCUCCUGGAGAAGGCAGAGUCGGCGGCAGGCCGGAUGCUUCCCUUGACCGUCUUCUACCGGAACCAGAACAAGGAGUACUUUGACUUUGUGAGGGAGUCAUGCUCCAACACCAUGCCGACCUCCGUGAAGGACAACAGUGGGAGCCACGGCUCUCCCAUCAGCGGAAAGCUGCACGGCGUCUUCAUGAGCUGCAACACGGAGUUUAACACGGGCCAGCCGCCGACCGACUCGCCCUAUGGUCGCUACCGCUUCGAGGUGACGGCCGCCGAGCUCUUCAGCCCCAGCACAAACCUCUACUUCGCCGACUUCUACUGCAUGUACACAGCGUAUCACUACGUGGUGCUGGUGCUGGCUCCCGAGGGCUCGGAGGGCGACCUCUUCUGUCGCGAGCGCCUGCCGCUGCUCGACCCGGCCACCAACCGCUUCCUGACGCGGUCCGUGGCUCCGUGCGCUGCCGAGGGCGCUGAUGGGAAUGCCGGUGACGGCGAGGCGGUGUAUCACCAUGCACAGGACGUGAUAUUGGAGGUGAUCUACGCGGAGCCGCUGGACAUAGCCAGGGGCAAGCUGGGCCAGAUCAAAGGCCACCAGCUCAUGAGCCUGUCCACAGCCAACGCCAAGAAGGACCCCAGCUGCAAGAUUUGCAACAUCAGCGUGGGUCGGUAAGGCCCUUCCUGCCAGUGAGGCAGUCAGGCAGCCUGCCCGCCCGCCAGCCCGCCCGUCCUCUCCGUCCGGCUUCUCCAUCCUAUGCCCGCCCUGCUACCCGUCUCUCCAGAUUCAAGUGCGUCCGGCAUGAGGUGGCGACGAGGGCUCGAGUGGCGGCGGCAGGUUUGUAGCCGUCAACAUCGUUGUUGUUUAAACGGGUUUUAACCUCUGACGGGUCACUCUGUGUUAUGCUCUCACCUGGUGGGAGUCCCCAGCCUGGUUAUAUUUGCCCGCACGACCAUUCUCUUUCCAACGAACACAACAAUACAUUUUUUUUUCUUCCCACGACAGAUGAUACAAUGACAAGGGCAGGAGAACGUGGGUAGAAUCGAAGGUUUUCUCCGGGUCGCUGGGAGGGCUGUCAGAUGUAAAACCUGUAGAUUUAGGGCAUGGGGAUGUGAUUUUUGGUGUGAGGACGUGGUUCAGACAUGGUGUGGUGACCGUUUUAGGGGCUGGUCAGUGGGAUUGUGGUGCGGUGCAUUCAGGCCUAUGGGCAGGGCUGUAGGACGAAAGUUGAUCUGACUCUCGCGAGACAGCCACUAGGAGGCAUGCGUCUCACGCGGAGAGGAUUUUUUUUUUCCCCAAUUUAAAUAACAUAAUUGUUAACCAAUGAUUAUUUAAACACUUAGGCACUUGCACAACAUCGUACUUUUACUUUUAAAUAUUUUAUAAUUUGCACACUUCUGUGGUUUGCAUUAUUCAGCUAUUUAAUAAGGCGAAGCGUAAAAUGUUUUUUUGUUCCAAAUGUUUAACAGUGUUGUAUUCGAACAAAUGAACGGUGAACUGUCCUUUAGCCUAUUAUAGUCAACAAAUAUUGGCUCAUAUAAAUGAAAAUUGUAUUCAUCUAUGGCGCUUCACUAUUCUUUUUAAUUGAGGUUGAAUGUGUACAAGUAAAGUUCUGGAUAUUUUGGUUUAGUGGCAGGUUCUUGAUAAAGUGCAUGAUGUUUUCUGUAAACACCUACAAAAGGGGGCAAUCUAAUCAACUUGCAGGACACACGCCUAUCACUGCCAGGGCUUAACAAACACGGUGACCUCGUCACACCAUUAUAACACCUAUUUAAUCAAAAGAGCAUGCUUGUGAAGUUGGUCAGUUGCACACCCGAGAGUGUUGUGCUGACUAACUCAGUAGUUAAGCACAGGAGUGUAUCUGCGUAUGUUACUAAAUGAAAAAAAAAAGAGAUUCAAAAAAGCAAGUCCUGUUAAACAGUAGCGUUGAGAAGCAUGAAAGUUAUUCACAUCAUUGUUAAUCGGCAUCGCUAAAGUAUAAAAGCUUUACAUAUCAGAAUAUGGUCUAUCUAAAUGAAUCUGUUUUAGCUUAUGUAAACUAUCGUAGUUUGGCUUCCGUUGUAAAACAUUGCUUUGGAGACGUAGUAAAUGCUCAUACUCUUGAGGGGGGGGAUUAAGGAGGACGCAGUCACGCGCGACCCGGCGUCGUCAGUGUCGCCAGAACAGCUUGAUAUCUUGAUCUCGCUAAUCGUGCGUGUUUCACUUGGGGAAACGCCUCUCACCCACCUCCACUCUAAACGAUUGCGUGCAGGAGGAUCGGACGGGCCAAGCUAUAGUCAGCGCUUGAGCCUCCUCUUCUCAGAGUCGGAGAGUGAGGACGGAAAAGCACUCGUUAAGGGCACGUUAUGAUAACCGAUGGUGUAAAAUAAACCAGCACUGUGAUAUUAGUCGAGUCGGUGACAACUUGUGGAAUUUUUUUGUCAAGACUUCGUCUGUGGAUUUCAUUUAGUAAUUUAACGCCGACUAAACCAACACUGCCGUGUUAAUCUAGUCACGAUUUACUCCAGAUGUUAAAUGACUAAAUGAAAUCCACAAAGGCGUCUUAAACAUUGCACAGGUUGUCAUCUGCUAGAUUAAGGCUAUCGGACCAGAAUGUUGACUAAAUUAACACAGCGCAAAACACGAGGCGGAAACAUUCGCCGCUUCAAGGGAUGCGGUGGCUUCACCUGCGUCAUGCUUGUUCCGAGCCUGCAGUAUUCCCCACGAGUGCAGUGAAUAAUAUUUAGCGAAAGAGCAUUGGCAUGUACUGCCAUCGUGAGCUCUCAUUUAUUGUGCGUUUUUUCGUGCAUUAAGUUCCGCGCGUGCGCUAAUACGUCGCUGGCUGUGGUCAUGUUUCAACUGUACUGUAGUGCGUGAGGCAAUAAAUGUUGUUUGGA